CGUGGUGCUCGCGGCAGGAGAGUGCGUGUGCAUGUGCUAGUGUGCGCACGAGUGUGCGCGAGGUGUGCGUGGCGUGUGCGCCGCCCCGCGGGCCCCCCGUCCAACAAUGACGGCUAGCGACGAGUGCGAGACGGCGCCGCUGCUGGCCGCGGCGAUUCCGCCCACGGCUAAGCGGGGGAAGCCUCCGCCGAGGUACCACGCCGUCAUAGAGGAGCGCCGCACGCCGAGCAUCAGCGACGACUACGCCAGCGACGUGAGCGUGCCCAUGGAGCCGCUGCACAACGGGGUGCGGCUGGAGAACGGCUACUCCAGCGGCGGCGGCGGCGGGGGCGGCGGGGGGCGGCUGGACCCCAGGGGCGGCAGGGUCGUGGACAGCAUCACCUACACGUGGCACGACAUGAACGUGUUCACGGAGGGCGGGCAGCCGCGACGCCGCCGCCUGUUCCCCGGGGUCUCGCCCUCAUCGCACGAGUCCCGCCACAUGAAGCACAUCAUCAAGGGAGUGAGCGGCGUGGCGCGGCCGGGCGAGCUGAUGGCCAUCAUGGGCUCCAGCGGUGCCGGCAAGACCACGCUCCUCAACACGCUCAUGUUCCGCAGCGGCUCCAACAUGGUGGUGAGCGGCUACCGCGCCUUCAACGAAGUGCCUGUGUCCAGCUCCGCCAUGGCCAGCCUGUCCGCCUACGUGCAGCAGGACGACCUGUUCUUCGGCACGCUCACCGUGCGCGAGCACCUGGUCUUCCAGGCGCUGGUGAGAAUGGACCGCCACAUUCCCUACAAGCAAAGGAUGACGAGAGUGGACCAGGUCAUAUCAGAGCUGGCCCUCGCUAAGUGCCAGAAUACUACAAUUGGAAUUCCUGGUAGAAUCAGAGGGAUUUCUGGAGGAGAAAUGAAAAGGUUAUCCUUCGCUUCAGAGGUGCUGACGAACCCGCCGCUCAUGUUCUGCGACGAGCCCACCUCCGGCCUGGACGCCUUCAUGGCGCAGAACGUGGUGUCCGUGCUGAAGAGCAUGGCGCAGAAGGGCAAGACAGUGGUGUGCACCAUCCACCAGCCGUCCUCAGAGGUGUUCGCGCUGUUCGACAAGGUGCUGCUCAUGGCGGAGGGCCGCGUCGCCUUCCUGGGCUCCGCCGCGGAGGCCUGCCUCUUCUUCAGGAAGCUGGGCGCCGCUUGCCCCACCAACUACAACCCAGCCGACUUCUUCAUCCAGCUGCUGGCGGUUAUCCCGUCGCGCGAGGACGCCUGCAAGGAGACCAUCGAGCUCAUCUGCGACAACUUCCAGGCGUCCGACAUCGGCGCGAACCUGCACGACGUCACCCGGCCCAAGCUCUACCAGAUGAAGGAGCUGAUGAACGGCGGCGGGAUCUACCCGGAGGCCGAGGUGGCGCAGAGACGCCGCUCGCCCUACAAGGCGUCCUGGUGGGCGCAGAUGCGCGCCGUGCUCUGGCGGUCCUGGCUCUGCGCCAUGAAGGAGCCCAUCCUCAUCAAAGUGCGCAUCCUGCAGACCGUGAUGGUGGCGCUGGUGAUCGGCCUGGUGUACUUCAACCAGAAGAUGGACCAGGACGGCGUGAUGAACAUCAACGGCGCUCUCUUCUUGUUCCUCACCAACAUGACGUUCCAGAACCUCUUCGCCGUCAUCAACGUGUUCUGCUCGGAGAUGCCGGUGUUCCUGCGCGAGCACCACAACGGCAUGUACCGCACGGACGUGUACUUCGUGUGCAAGAGCCUGGCCGAGGUGCCCGUGUUCGUGGCCAUACCGGUCAUCUUCACGGCCGUGGCCUACUUCAUGGUGGGGCUGAACCCGGCGCCAGGCCGCAUCUACGUGGCGCUGGCCGUCAUGACGCUCAUCGCCAACGUCGCCACCUCGUUCGGUUACCUCGUGUCCUGCAUGAGCGGAACUGUGGGCAUGGCGCUCACUAUCGGACCUCCAGUCAUAAUCCCCUUCAUGCUGUUUGGAGGGUUCUUCCUCAACAACGAGUCGGUGCCGCCCUACUUCCGCUGGCUGAGCUACCUGUCGUGGUUCCGCUACGGCAACGAGGCGCUGCUCGUGAACCAGUGGACGGACAUCGACCACAUCGCGUGCACCGAGAGGAACGCCACGUGUCCCAAGAACGGCGAGGUGGUGCUGGAGGCGCUCAACUUCUGUCCGAAGGACUUCAAGACGGACAUCCUGAGCCUGGUGGGGCUGAUAUUCCUGUUCCGGCUGCUGGCCUACCUGUCGCUCUUAGCGCGCACCAGCCGCGGCCACUAGGCGACGCGAAGCCACUGCGGUGCUCCUCUGCGCCGGCGGUGGAGCGCGGAGUUGCGUCCACGCCGAGUGGCCCUGAGUGGCGACGGCACACCCCGAGAACACGUCUCUCCGUGCCCCGAGACGCCACUCGACAAGACUCCCUUUUUUCCUGAUCUGUUUGAAACCCAAGUGUGUAUGUAGGAGGUGCAGGGACCUAGGUGCGUCUCAGGCCAAAGCCUAUACGCCCGGUCGUGCUGGUGAUAAGCCAUGCAUCUGAAGGUCCGCAUGCAUCGUGUUCUCAGUUAAGAGAUUGGCCAGCCGUGACAGCGACUGGAGCCAUGACUAACACUAUCUUAAAAAUAGCUUGAAAACUAUGCUUAACACAGGCAUAGACACAGGGCAAACCCUGGGCCCAGACAUGUGGGAUACAAGGGCAUACAUUAAUUGUAGGAAAAUACAGUGUACAGAGGAUAGUCCGGAUGAAAAGUUGGACAGAGUAGACGUGAGUCUCUCAUGCUAAGGGGUGGAAGGCGAGUUGGCAUAGUCCGCUUCCAUGUUUUUAUCAAUUGCUAGGUUCACGACCAGGGGCCCCUACACCCCUGGUGGUUACUCGACAAGACUGCUACCUAUGUUGAGCCCCGAUCUGUCCCGAACAUACCCGAAGUUAACCGCUCGUUCGUGCAGCUUCCGAUAUGUUUGUGACUAAUCCGACAUUUAAAAAAAAGAAUGAUAAUAUUACAAAACUUCUUAUUUUUCACUAUUUUAAAGUAAUUUGAAGGUCGCCGGACUAGUAUAACCGACAUUUUAUUUUAGUUCCGAUCACUGAUAACGUGAAGAAAAAAAAAGUAAUGAAUUUUUGCCAGAAAAUUUAAUAAUGUUAAACGCCUUAAAUACCCAUAUUAUUCAACUUUCUGACUCGAAAUCAGUGAAUAGCAGGGACUGGAAAAAUUCGCAGGGUUCGUUGACCUCCAGGGUAAACUCUCAGCACACUUGUCUGCUGACAUGUGCGGCAUGUCAACUCGAUAAUGCGUGAUUGGAUAGAUCUUUGAUUAAAGGUACAUAUUCCCUCUGUACUUAGUCUGAAAGGUAUAAUGAUUGGAAUUUUGUGACACAACGAAAUUUAUUUGCGAGUUGUUUCCGGUCUCUAGUGCAUAUUUGUUUUCCGCGUACAUCGUGAUGGUUUCGAAGCCUGUGACUUUUAAUGCGACUCACCGGGCACGCAAGCCUACGCAAGUGGCAAGGUAUUUUUGUACGUGAGCCCAAAUGAUAAACAAACGUUAUGAAUGCCGUAGCAAAUAAUUUCACAUUAACGAAAUGUCUGAAACCUCGCUCUAUUGGAACGGGUGAAUUCAGAAUCUUCAAUUGGAACUCAAGUUGUGUCUGUUCGUGGAUAUAAUUAACGUUAUUCAAAUACUCGUAACCAAGACCUAGUUGAAAACUAAUUAUUUGAGUUAUUUUAUCAGCUCGCUUUCCAAAAAGUUCAUCAGGUGCUUUAUUUAAAAAACUAUUUUCCUCCAUUAACCGGAGACAAACAGUGAAUAUUUCAAAAUCAUACUUCUCCAAACAAAGUUAUUCAAAGAAAGUUGGAUGUUUAUUUUUGAAAAAAAAAACCCGGAUGAUAUAACCGUUAUUUAAAUUGCUUGGAUAAAAUUUGUUAAAAAUGUUGGAUUUAUCGUUAGAAGAAUUUUUAUCGGCUAGGUUAAAAAUUUAAAAAAAUGUAUGAUUUCAAUCAAAUAAGUGUUCUACGAAUUGUGAAAUAUUUUAAAAUAAAUAAAUUUUUAAGGUCUCAUGUUAUUUUAAAAAUAUUUAUCAAUCAUUAUUAUUUAACUUAAUUAUAAAAUACCAAUUUAACAAAAUUGUACAGUGCUUCAUGCUUUAUCAUGUAUUUCAGAAGUAAAGGAGUAAAAUAUUGGCAAUGUAAAUACAUAAAGUUAAAAUAAGAACGAAUUCCCCCACACCUCUUUUCCAUCUGUAGAGCAAAUUAUUUUUGGCCUUACUGAUUUUUUAUUAAUAUUUUUCACUUCAAGAUGGAAUUUUUACUAUUCUUCCAAGUGAAUCAUGAAAGCUUUUAUACAAACUUAUAGUAAUAGCCUUGUAGCAGCUACAUUUUGCUAAGCUAACCAAUUGCAAACCAGCAUUAGUUCAGUCUUAAACAAAAAUCUACUCAUUGACUUAUACAACAAUUAAACAGAGAGACUUCAACUGUAGAAAAGACAUCCAUUCCACAUAUAUUUGCCACCAUAAACCAGAUAGAAUUUAACUUUAGAAAAGACACACACUCCAUAGACAUAGACAUAUACCACCAUGAACUGGAGAAACUUAUUCUCAAGAACAUACACCCACUCCAUAGUCUUAUACCAUAAUGAACCAGAAACACUUCAUCUUUAUAAAAACACCCAGUCAACACUUAUACCGCAAUGAGCCAGAGUACCUCAAACUUUAGGACUGACACCAAACUCAAAUAUCUAUACCACUAUUAAACAGCUUUAGUUACCUUUAGAAAGAGUCCGACUCCACAGACUUAUAACACAAUGAAGUUGAGAGACUUCAAAUUUAGAAUAGAUAUCACUCAAUAGACUUACUACCAUGAACCAGAAAGAUUUCAAAUCUAGAAAUGUUUAUAGCAUUUUAAUCUCAUAUAACUGAGUAACGUAAACUUAAGAACAAAAACCCAUUACAUAGCCUUAUACAACCAAAGAGACUUCACCUCUAGAAAUAGACCUAUUCGAAAGACUUAUACCAUCAUGAACAAGGAAACCUUAAACUUAAGAAAAUACAUAGACUUACCACCAUGAAUUUAAAGUCAAUUUUGACUAACUUUGAGAAAGACACACACUUUCUAUAGACUUAUACGUAGGGACCGGAAAAAUUCGCGGAUUCAAUGACCUCUAGGAUAGCCUCCAUUAUCCUCUGCAUUUCACAUGUAAACACGCGUGUUCUUUCGGUACUAAAUUGUGAGGCGUCUCCACUGGGAAGCUUGUGAUUCGACGCUUCUUUGGUCGAUAGUCUCUCAUUGGCCCAGAGAGCUCCAGUUAAACUGCGAGCCAAUAGCAGAACCAGCAGAAUUGUACACAUGUUUGAAUUUCAGCCUAUCAUGAAAUGAAUCCGCGAAUUUUUCCGGUCUCUACUUAAACGACUUUGAACCAGUGAUACCUCACAUUUAUAGAAGAGACACAAUCCAUUUAAUUAUAUCACCAUGGGACAGACAUGCGUCAACUUUAGAAAAGACACACACUCCAUAGACUUACACCAAUAUGAACUAGAGUAACAUAAACUUUAGAAUAGACACCUCCUUCAUAAGCAUAUACCUCAAUGAGUGUUAUAGGGGGUUUGUGGAAGUGAUUUUUUAGUUUUGACGUUUUUGUUGCAGUCGUAAAUAAGGUCUUUAAUAACUAAACCUUGCAUUGACGUACCUGUAAUCUACGACGUAUUUUGCAUUAAAAGUUAAAUGCUUUAAACUCAGUUCAUCCUUGAAACUUGGUUAUUUUUGCGCUAGACUGCUUUUCGUCUUUUAUCUAUAUUCUUAUGGCGAUAUUUAUCCAAAUGUUUAAGUUUUCCACAUUAGUUUUUCGCAUGUUUAUAACGGGAGGAAUUGCUUCAUGGCAUGUUGUUUAGUUGCUCAAAUUUUAGGUAUUUAUUUGUCAAAAAAUUAUGUGUAAAUAUUUAAAUUUAUGUAAAAAUAAUUUUAAUUAUUUUUUGUUUCACUGAAGUGCUACUGUUAGUUCAAUCUUCAAUAAGUAAAAACAAUGAUUGAAAUGUGUUGUGAAACAGGAAUGGCUACAAAAUUUACUCGUAUAACUGGUAUAAUUAAAAAAAAUUGUACUAUAAAAAGAUUAUUAUAGUUCUUUGUUUUAAAAAGGUGAAUGGCCAGUUUUUUUCUUCAAAACUAAAUUUAGUGAGUAAACUAGGAAGUUUGUAAUAUUUUUCCGAAAAUAUUAAUACAAAUGUUGGACUUUAUAAUAUCGUAGUUACUAUUUAUAAGAUAGGCUGGUGUCUCAUAUGCAAAAUAUAAUUAAUAUAAAUAAAACAUUUGAAACUUCUUUAACCUACCUACCCACUGUACUGAUUAAUCUCAAUAUUGUUUUUUGUUUAUUCAUGGCAUAGUUUUAUAAAGUUCUAGA